AUGGUGGGCAGUGACCUCCGUGGCAACGUCCUCGGCUGGCUCAACAGCACCAUGGGCGGCAGCGGCGGCAUGGCCGCCAACCAGCGCUUUGUGGAGGCGUUUGUCAAAAGCUUGGGCGUCAUUGGGGCGUCGGAGAUCGGGGAUAAGACCUUCUUCAUUGCCGCGAUCAUGGCAAUGCGCCAUCCGCGGCUGACGGUGUUUGGCGGCGCCAUCGGCGCCCUGGCAGUGAUGACUGUGCUUGCUGUGGCGCUCGGCUGGGCCGCACCUGCGCUGAUCCCCAAGGUUUACACGCACUAUGCGGCCACGGCACUGUUCUUCUUCUUUGGGUUCAAGACCCUCUGGGACGCCUUCCACCACGAGGGGGGCGGCCGGGAAUGA